ACUUCCCUCAAGGUCUUGUUCUCGAAGUCCAGUCCAAUGAAAAAAAAAAUCAGCGUGAGAUCUGCAGUGUGUGUGAAGCCCCACCGUUAGAUAAUGUGUAACUAUGCUAAUAGCUGUCACGUUCAAAAAGUGAUCCAUUUAAUUUCACUAACAGUCAAGUUUAAUGUUGGCUACCUCAACAACAGUUUCUCCAGCCUUAGCCACCUUUAACUAGCUGACUAACUUGUCCAGGUGUAGUUAACAGAUAGUUAUGUGACGGAAAACCGUAAUCGUCACGGAUUACAGUGGACUCCUUAUGAAAUACGUUUAACUGGCGUAAUACGUCCAUUAAAUUUUACACCCAGUCAGCCAUCUUUGAUAAAGCUAAGGCUAGGGUCUUCAUGGUUGCAGAUAGAGGUCAUUUAUCCAACCGGGCCUGUUAUCCAAUACAAUUGUACUGAGCUGGGUCUCUGCAUGACAUCUGACCCAAUCUGCAGAGUUAUAACUCGUUGGCAGCAGAUUGAAGAAUAGAGGACUUGAGAGAAAAGUUGUGCACUUGAUUUUUUUUUCUUUUUUUUAAAUUUGAGUUUGAGUGAAAAUGACGGGUGCCUGAAUAACAUUUGCGAAUAGAUUCUGCCAGAUUUGCCUGUGUGCAUGUGUGUAUUAGAAGUUUCUUGUGCUCUAACGUACCUGUUUUGACCAGACUUAUUAGGCAAGUGGGAGGAUGUACAGGACCAGAGAUUGUUCACUCAUGUUAUGCAUUCAGACCUAUACGGAGGGAGCGACCUGCAAUCUGCCAGCCAACCAAAGUAGGGGGAGGGGGGGGGGGGGGCGCCAACUUCAUCCAUGUUACAGCGAGUUAAUGUGAGGAAUAACAUUCCUCGAGAUGUUCACCUACCACAAAUGUGUAUUUUCUUUCACAAAAAGAGCUUUUUUUGUUUUUGUUUGUUUGUUGUUACUGUUAUUAAACAAAUGAUAACUGAUGCUUAGGAUGUUUUUACAGUUACUAUGAACCUGGAGUUAUUCGUUAACAAGCUGGUUUAAGCUGGAACCCCAAAAAAUGUGCACGAUUUUCUGCAGACAACUACUAGCCAACUUAAUGGAGUAUUCCAGCAAACUAAUCGCUAGUUAGCACAUCUGUAGCGUACAUAUCACGAGCAAAGGUUUUAACAUGUUUUCCUGUACACGCAGCAGAACACAAUGUUUUUGGGGCAGUUAUUGACCGUUAUUGACUCCCUAUGGGGAGUUCCCUUAGACUUACAUUACAAAGAUACCUCGGUACAUGGAAAUGUGUCUUAUCGUUUAUGGUAACUGCACAUAUGGUACCGAUGGCAAUUAGAUUUAAAAAAAAAUAAAAGAUUGAUAACGUUGUCCUUUAAAUAAGAUUUUUGUUCAUUUCUCAACGUUUAAGACUACGAAAUAUUCUUUAAUCAUGUGCCCAAAUUUUCCAAAAUCAUGAAUAACUUAAAAAAAAAAAAAAAAAAAAAAAGUAAUUGUCCCAAACCGGUCCUGUCUUGGAGAGGUAAUGAAUUUGGUCCCCGUGUACGUUCACACGAACUUAUAAUGAAUUUUCCUUUUUAAAGGUAAAGGAGUAGGCGUUUCCUUCUCGACCGGGAAUGUAGAUCUCAGCCCGUGGAGCCUCACAGCCUUGAAAUAUUUGUAUUUUCUUUAUUCUAGCACAAUGUUUCCUCAACGAAGUCCGAAUCUGAAUCAUGAGCGAUAAAGACGAUCGAAAGCUAUUAAUGCUACGAUCCUGAAACCAAGAUAAUCAUGCUCUUAAAGUUUGCUUGUUAACCAGUGCUUUCAGUUUCAUAGUGUUUUUAUUUUUAUUUAGAUUAGUUUGAAAGCUGUUUUUUGGUUGUUUUUUUUGGGGGUGCAAUGAAAAGUUUGAGUUUAUACAUGAAUGUUUAGACCAAACCUCCUGAGCAGCAACUGUGAAUAUAAAACUUUGGCUACUUCCCAACACUCAUCCUUGUGUACUCAGUAAUGUUGUUGGUUUGUUAAUUCACUACACCACCAUGAUGUUUUGAGAGGUAGCCUUCGUUUUUUCUUUGGAAACAAACAAUACCACUUUCUUUUGUCCAUGCUUAUUUGUACGUCCAGGUUGUAUCUCACAAAAGCCAACUGUUUCUACUAUAGUAUGCUGUGUGCACAACUGUUUGUUUUGUUUUGUUUAUUUCCAGUUUGAUGUUAAGUUUUCUGGAGAAAUCUGACACAUCAAAUGCUAUACAAGUUAAAUAAAGACGUUUGGAAAUUUACAGCCUAAAAUGUUUAAAGAUUUUUAGUUUGCUUUCUCAGUGUGUCGCUGGUUUGACCGCCUGAACGCAAAAUGGCCGCUGUUCGAGCUGUGAGAACACUGUUGCUAGGCAACCGGGUAUACUUGAGGACUGAGGGGAAACAACUAAGCUAGCACGCCAGCUAGCUGUUAAAUCUCUCAUUGCGAAAUGUGUGAAGGAAAAAGUGGCCGAGCAAAACGAGACAAAGCAGUCAGGAAUAUCGACAUUCACCAUUUAUAUUUAACGAAUUUAUAUUUGUUGGCAAAUCAUUAAGAACAUUAUUACAAUUACAAAUACACUUAGCAUCAAACCGCUAGUCGGACAGGAUAUUUUGUGACAGGAAUAAUGUUCCACACGUCCACAAGUGGGUAGCAAAGCGUUAGGUGGAAAUGACGACGGAAGUGACGACAGCGUCUUUGAAAAGAAGUGGCGGCAGCAGGAAGUACAGUCUUGUCUGAAAAUGCGUUGAGUUUCAAAAGAUAAUUUAAUGCAACAUGGCGUUACUGGCACCUUACAGCAAAAUACCUGAACCGAAUACUGCAACCGUUUUAGUAAGUAGCCAGCUAAGAUGUGUGUGUGUUGUGCUAACACCUAAACACUUGUUUAUAGCUACAGUUAACUAUCAAUUGGCUAAAUUCAGUGGACCUAGCUUCAGGUUGGUUGAAAACGAGGAGAAGUUUCAGUCCAAACUAGCCGACGCCAUCGUGAAGCGGGAAAAAGACGUCAACGUGAACGUACGGCUAGCUUGCAGACUACCUCUCCCUGUCGAGAACGGUGAGACUCGACCACGUGUGGACCUGGUGGUGUUUAUAGUGAACCUCCUGUUCGAGCGCAGUCUUCAGGUGGUGGAGAAUUCCCUCAAUCACCUGAGUUCAGAUUAUUUCCUCGGGAAGGUGUGCUUCAUGGUCACUGAUGCGCGGUGUGGUGCUCUGGCUCAGGAGCGUUUGCUCAGCGUGAAGAAACUAGCUGCGUCUCACCGCUGCCCUGUAAUCUGCGCUGAACACCAGACAGAGGAUGGCAUUAGCAUGGCAGCGUCGAGGCUCCUCACCAUCCUGAAGGUGUCGGCCGGUCAGUCUCCCUUGGCGACCACAGCGCUCUACCUGUCCACGCUGACCCGCUGCACUGUGCCCUUUGAGCUGUAUGAGGACUGACCUCUCACCUCUUUACCGUUCUGUGUCUUUCCAGACAUCCCUGCUGCGUUGCCUGCAGAGUCGAUAGUAAGAAUAGGGAAUUUGAGGAAAACCCAGACAAGGUUUACAUUUGAGGCUUUACAAUCAGACUUUUAAUGUGAUAUCAAAGGAGUUUGAGUAAAUAAAUUUGACUGGUCAUCUAAAAA